UUCUGUGCUUCACUGCCAUUAAUUCUCUCCAUUUUCUCUCUCUCUCUCUCUCUCUCUUCAUUUUUCCAUUGGCUAUCUCCUUAGAUCUGCUGUUGUGUUCUUUGUUUGUCGGUGCCUAAUUCCAUCUUUCUGUUCUUGGAUUUUCAUUCUUUGAUUUCGUCGUUUCAUUUGAAUUGCUUUGGAUUCAGAGUGUUAAGAGGAGAGAUUGAGGAUGAGUAUGUACGGGCGAGAUCCGUGGGGGGGUCCGCUUGAGAUAAACACGGCGGAUUCGGCCACCGACGAUGAUCGGAGCCGGAAUUUGCAGGAUUUGGAUAGGGCGGCUCUGUCUCGGCCUCUUGAUGAGACACAACAGAGCUGGUUGCUUGGACCUGGUGAGCAGAAGAAGAAGAAGUAUGUGGAUCUUGGCUGCAUUAUUGUUAGCCGAAAGAUCUUCGUAUGGACUGUUGGUACCCUACUUGUAUCUGGAUUUCUUGCCGGUCUUAUUACCCUAAUCGUCAAGACGGUGCCGCGCCACCACCACCCCCACCCGCCGCCGGACAAUUACACCCUUGCUCUCCAUAAGGCCCUCAUGUUCUUCAACGCUCAGCGAUCUGGUAAGCUCCCGAAGCAUAAUAAUGUGUCCUGGAGGGGUAAUUCGUGCACAAGAGAUGGCCAUGGGUCAUCGGCUAUGUUUAAAGAUCUGUCUGGUGGCUAUUAUGAUGCUGGAGAUGCAAUUAAGUUCAACUUUCCUGCCUCUUUUGCCAUGACCAUGUUAAGCUGGAGUGUUAUUGAAUACAGUGCAAAAUAUGAAGCUGCUGGAGAACUCAACCAUGUCAAAGAUAUUAUCAAGUGGGGAAGUGAUUACCUCCUCAAGACCUUUAACCAUACUGCAGAUUCUAUUAAUACCAUUGCUAUGCAGGUUGGAAACGGGGAUACCUCUGGAGGAAAUACUAGUCCAAAUGAUCACUAUUGCUGGAUGCGCCCAGAGGACAUUGAUUAUGAACGACCUGUAGAAACAUGCAGUAGUUGCUCGGAUCUUGGUGCCGAAAUGGCAGCUGCUUUAGCUGCAGCAUCCAUUGUUUUCAAAGACAACAAGGCAUACUCGCAGAAGCUUGUCCAUGGUGCCAAAACACUCUUCAAGUUUUCCAGAGAGCAGAGAGGCAGAUACAGUCCAGGCGGUUCAGAAGCCUCAAUCUUCUAUAACUCAACUAGUUACUGGGAUGAGUUUGUGUGGGGUGGAGCUUGGUUGUAUUAUGCCACUGGUAAUUCAAGUUAUCUUCAACUUGCUACCACUCCUGGCAUUGCCAAACAUGCGGGUGCUUUCUGGGGUGGACCUGACUAUGGAGUUUUGAGCUGGGACAACAAGCUUGCAGGCGCCCAGGUUCUUCUAAGUCGUUUGCGACUGUUCUUGAGCCCGGGAUAUCCGUACGAAGAAAUCUUAAGGACGUUUCACAAUCAAACUAGCAUAGUCAUGUGUUCCUACCUGCCAUUUUUCACAAAAUUUAAUCAUACUAAAGGAGGCUUAAUUCAGCUAAAUCAUGGAAGGCCACAGCCCCUUCAGUACGUCGUCAAUGCAGCCUUUUUAGCUACCUUGUACAGUGACUACUUGGAAGCGGCUGAUACACCUGGAUGGUACUGUGGACCCAAUUUCUAUUCUACCGAGGUUCUGCGUGACUUUGCCAAGAAACAGAUUGAUUAUAUCCUUGGCAAAAACCCGCGUAAAAUGAGCUACCUCGUUGGUUUUGGCAAUCAUUAUCCGAAACGUGUGCAUCAUAGAGGUGCAUCAAUCCCAAAGAACAAGAUAAAAUAUAACUGCAAAGGAGGAUGGAAAUGGAGGGACACCAACAAACCUAACCCAAAUACAAUUGUUGGUGCCAUGGUUGCUGGUCCCGACAAGCACGACGGGUUUCACGAUGUUCGCAUGAACUAUAACUACACUGAGCCAACUCUAGCUGGAAAUGCAGGCUUGGUCGCAGCGCUUGUUGCUCUAUCAGGUGAAAAGACAACUGGAAUUGACAAGAACACCAUCUUCUCUGCUGUGCCUCCAAUGUUUCCAACUCCACCACCACCUCCAGCACCUUGGAAACCUUGAUCAUAUAAACUCAUUCUUCUGGAAGCAUGUCAUGUAAGUUGCAGAAACACUGUUGGUUGUGGUCGGAUUUCGAAACGAUGUCUGUCGAGGUGAACGUAAAAACAAUAUUGCUUGGCAGAGAAACCACAAGCCAAAUGAUUGAGAUAGAUUUUGGCUUUAGGGAGAGGGUGUUUUUGAUACCUGUUUUAAUCCGUUUUGGAGUUUGUGAUAUAGGUAUAGUACAUAAUGUAUUCUUUAAACACGAAAAGUUGUAGAGUUGAAAGUAUUUGACAAUAAGUUGCCAUGGUUUCUUUGCA